UUUUUUUUCCUUUUCUUCAUCGGAUAUCCCAUCUAUAGUUGUUAUUUCUUUAAACAUCUCUGCAUUCUCAACCAGCGUCCCCCCUGCACUGCUCGUUGGUCUUUAGACAUUCAAGUAAUACUAAUCCUAAUCUGACAGCCCCCCCAAGAACCCUCUCUGGGGUUUACCUAUCUCCGGUCAAUUCCGCCGCGCGGCAAGUCCCAUCAGGUCGUUGCUCCUCCAGAAUUCAAAAGGGCCAUUUUGACGUCAACCUCGUUGCUGUCGAGCGUGUCGAUUUCAACACCAGGGGUGCGCAUCGUCAAUCCCUGGGGACCCCACCACCCGUUCCGCCUGUUUCCUAUAGACCACUCUAUAGGCGACUCGUCCUCUCUUGUGUCGUUUCGCAAUCGACCUGACGGGUAGCUUUCCUCGUACAAAAGUCCACGGCAAGGUUCCCGCACGCGUCGCACUUGGCGAGCAUAGACAGGCCUCAUUGCACCUUCUGCUAUAGAGAACACCGCGUACAGACCCCUCCCUCCAGGCCGCGCCCAACAUGGCAACGGAAGUGCAAUCGCUGUGUGUUUCCACCACCUCCACCCAUGUCAAGCCUCAACCUCCAGCCUUUGUCGAUGACCUCUUCACGCACUAUUCGUCGAUGGCUGCUGCAAAGGUAUCCCCUUCGCCUUCCGGACACACUGUAGGAGCCGCUGCCGCCACCUACCCCCGCCCUAAUCUCCUAAAACGGGGAGUCGACCGGCUUCGUCUAGAAUAUUACCGCUAUGAGGUCACCCUCGGCGUCUAUGUCAUGACGCCCGGCGAGAAACUCAUCUUCAACUCCUUCAUCCUGGUCGUCCUAUCGCUCAUGGUCUGGGCUCUCUUCCUGUACUUUCCUUCGUUGCUAUAUCAGAAGCUCAGCCGACUGGACUGGCUCCUGACUGGCCGAGAUGGACCCAGUCCUAAUGUCACAUUCUCGUUGUCGAAUGGGAACGACAUGUUGGUUUCCUCUUUCCAGAUACCGCCGUUCCGCUCAUAAAUACCAGGGAGCCAAGCGAGGGGCUUUGGGGGAGAAUGACGACGACGACAACGAAUGGGUUUAGGUGUUGUAUGCGUUCUUUUGGAGUUUCAAAAAUGGCCUGAAAAAGAAGGAGAUACCCCUCUAAUGAUGUUUUAGGUGUCCUUGUUUAUAUUGGGAAUUGGACACGCCCGCGGGGGGGGCGGGAUUUUUGGAUUGUCAGCCUCAUCGUUCUAAACCCAAUCUGGAUUCUGUCACGGUGUGAUAAUGCUCGAUUGAAGCAGGCGAAGUCUUGGGAUGGGUUCGCUCGGCGAAGUAAUGAACUGGAAUCACGAUUAAUGUCUUAAUGAAGGUGGAGUGAAAUAAAAAAAAGAAAAACGAGAGAAUUUUGAUCAGGAUCAUACCAUGAUCCAACUGUGGACCACACAAUGGCUUGCGCAUGACGAUUCUCCGGCAAUCGUCUGGCAACAGGAUUUUUCGAACCACCUUCCAUGCGGCCACUGAAAAGUUGUCAAAUCGGUUCCGUCGUGCCAGCGCAAACAUCAUGGAUUCUCUAGUGGCAUUUCUGAGGAAAAAAAGAACGACGUCCCCUUGUUUUUUCCUAUUUUUAUUUUUAUUUUUAUUUUUAUUUUUAUUUUUAUUUUUAUUUUUUGAUUCUGGAAAUGUAGAUAUCACCCGCGUACAAACAACAUCGAUCC